GACCGUGUCCGCGGCCGCAAUCCGUUACUCCGGGUUUUCGCGGUGCCUUGGUGGCCUACUGGGGCCGCGCGGGGGAAUGCACGCUUCGAGGAGGGGGAGCGUCAAAGAGGGGAGGUCUGGGGGGCAGCUUGGGAGACACUGAGCGGGGCGCUGCGGCGCUGAAGGCUCUGGUGUUCACGGGCGUGGAGUUUGUAGGCAAAUGGCAACCGCCGGAGGCCGUCCCGGCUGAGGCGCUGCUGAUGUUGACGUCGUUUUCUGUUAUUUAAUCCCUUUUUCAAACAGGUUGAAGCGCGGUUGUUCCUCAGAUGGUUUUUCUUUUUCUUUUUUUUUUUUUUUUAAUUUUUAUUAUUUUUACUGAACGCAGAAAACGUACAUAGCAGUAGGACAGAAGAGGACGCCAAAGCAAAACGGACAGAAACACCCGCGCGGACGACGCCAGGAGCCGGUGUCUGAGAUGGGCGUUUCUCACAGCCCCGGGCGGCCGUGAUGGUGGCGGUCUCAGGACCACACCGUGAAGAGGAAAGUCGACUUUACAGACCUAAGAUAUACGGCCAAAUAGGGCCGCUGGCCGAAUUGGAGAAACCACCCACCGUUUCCCCUGCCCACCCGUCACUUACCAACGGAGCUGGAAAUGUGGAAGGGCCACCGUCUGCGAGGGAGAACUAGGGGGCGACAGUCUCCUGCAGAGGGAGCGAGAAUUGAGUGAAACUUGCUUGCCUCAGAUUUUCCUGGGAGUUAAAAGCUGUAGGAAUUCUCAUGACAAUUCUUAGCAAAACAAAAACAAACAAACAAACAAAACAACAACAUAGAUUGGGAAAAGGAUUCCUAUCACCUGUGUGACUCAUCAAGCUAAAACUGGCCACACUGAGAAGAGUAAAUGUGUAAAUGUUCAAAGAACAUAUCAAGUAUUUUGAUAAACAAAGCCUGCACAUACUGGGAUUAUCAAAGGUGGAAAAUAAUGCUAUAUUUAAAGAAAUAAAUUGAAGAAAACACAAGCAGAUAAAAAGGAUAAUUUAGAAGUGAACACACACGCAAUUGUCUAAGUUCUUAAUAAAACAGGCUGCAAUAAGAUUGAAAAUAAAUUCGAAGAAAUAGAAAAAAUAACAAGAACAAGUAAUGAAAUAGUGAACUGUUCAAUAAGGAGAAAUAAUAGAGCAAGAAGAAAUAUGCUUUUGCUAUCAUUUGAACAUGAUUUGACUCCCAACUAAUGUUGGACUUUAAACCCCAAAGUAAUUAUAGUAAAAGGGUGGAAACCUAAUCCCAUCAGAGUGUUUAGGAGGUGAACUCAGUCGAAGGUCCUUAGGUCAUUGAGGGUGAAAAGUGGUUCUCUGGAGAGCAUUGGUAUGUAAGCCAAGCUGGGUCCAUACCCACUCUGCUCCCUGGCUGAUUUUCUGUCAGUGUUCUUCAGUUCUCUGUCCACCACCCUGGCCGGAGACCAAAUCAGUGGAGCUGCCUAAUCUUGGAAAGAACCUCUGAAAGUGUGAGCUAACUAAUCCUUUCAUUGGUUUCCUCAGGUAUUUUGUUAUUGUGACAAAAGCUGACUGAUGCCAAAAAAUAAAAUCUGUGCUGCUAUAACAAAAUACCACAGACUGAGUGAUUCAUAAACAAAAGAAAUGUAUUUCUCACAGUUCUGGAGCCUGGGAAGUCCCAAGGUCAAGGCCCAGACUUUCAGUGUCUGGUGAGGACUUUUUGCUGUAUUCUCACAUAGUAGAAGCAGUGAAGGCCGUGUCCUAAUGUGGAGGAACGACACAAAAGGAUGUAAGCUAAUUGCCUUGUUAAGGCACUGAUUCACUCGCCAGAGCAGAGCCAUUAUAACUUAAUCACUUUCAAAAAGGAUGCCUGCUUAAAGCCACCACAAAAGGAAUUGUUUCAGGGUAGAAAUUUAGGGGGACAUUCAGGCUAUGAUAAAUGCCAUAUCAAUGUUGUAAAGAUAUCUCUGAAUUAAUCUAAGAUAGAUCCAAUUUUUUUUCAAGAGAUAAUGCUAAGAAAAUAAGGAAAGCCACAGAUUGGGAGAAGACAUUUGACAAAGAUAUGGGUAUAUCUAGUAAAGAAUUUAUAUCUAUAUUUUUUCAAAUGAACUCAUUGAGCUAAUGAACAUAUGGGAAGAUAUUUUUAAUUUGCAUCUUGAGAGUAUUACCACUAUAUGUCCAUCAGAGUAAUUUGAUUUAUGAAAACGCAAUAUCAAGGGUUGACGAUGUGGAACAACUGAAAAUUUCAUACACUUCUUGUGGGAAUAUAAAACAAUACAAGCACUUUGGAAAAGACAAAUACUUUUUAAAAAUGUUAAGCUUAGACCAUACAAACUAGUCAUUCCAUCCUUAUCAAAGAGAAAGGAAAUGGUAUAUGCACACAGUCUUAACAUACAAAAGUUCAUAGCAGGUUUACUUGUAUAAUAUCCAAACACCAAAAGCAAUCAAAGUGAAUGGAUAAGCAGUGGUGUUCAAAUGGAAUAUUACUACUUAACAAUUAAAAAAAGAACGGUGCUAAUGAUGGAAGUAACAAAGGAGUCUCAAAAUAGCUUUGCUGAGAAAAAGAGAAAAGGGAUACAUUAUAUGUGAUCAAAACUAUAAGUUACAACAGAAUUCUAAUCGGUUUGCUGUUUGGUGACAGCUAGAGGUAGAAGUAGGGAGGAGUCCUAAAUUAUAAAAGAACAACAACAAAAAAAACUUUUGUUCACUAUUUUGAUUGUUAAUUGUUUCACAAGGAUAUAUGUAUGUCAUUAACAGAUCAAAUCAUACACUUUAUGUAUGUGUAGAAUAUUGUAGAACAAGCCUAAAUAAAACCAUUAAGAAAUUCACAAAGGCACAUGAACAGAGAUAAACAAUGAAGUAGAAUACAAAAUAGAAAAUUCAGAAAUCCAUAUCAUAGAAAAUUUUCCUAUAUAAAAGAAAACUUCAAAUAUGUGCAUCUCAACAGAUCAAAAUAAAUUCCAAGUGGAUCAAAUAUUUUCAUCUAAAAAUUGAAACCAUAAAAGUACUAUAGCAAAGCACAAACUUUUAAAUAAUGGCAAAAUAGGAAAGGUCUCUAUGAAACAGAAUUCAGAAGCAAUUAAGGGGAAAAAUUGUUAAAUCAACCAUAUAAAUUUUUUUAAAAAUUUGCAUGGAGGAGUUCCAGUAUCAGUAAUGGUGUGUUAAGUGAUUCAAACCAAUCUCCUGCUGAGAACAGCUAGGACAAAAUGUUUUUAAACAAGAACUUCUGCUUUGAAUGCAUGGGAGAACUAUGAAGGCUGUGUGAUAGGAAUUAUAAUGCUAUGAUCUGCAAGAAAAAAGCACAAAGCGAUGAUUCUGGCAUUUGGGGUGAAAACAAUAUUACUAAUGCCUGUGAGGUUAACAAAAAACAUGAAAGGCAAGAAAUGUCAAAUGGAAUUGCAUUUCCAGCAUCUUGGGUUUUCUGUGUUGAACGGACUAAUUUAUGCAAUUUUAGUAACAGGGGUAAUUGUAUCUCUGGAAUGACUACUAAAAUUUAAAGAAUGUUUAAUAAAUGACCUAUUAAAGGAGAGAAAUGGAACGUUGGAAAAAGAAUCUGAAAGAAGACUUGGAAGAAGUAACAGCAUAUAGGACAUCUAGGGAGGGGGAAAAAAAGCAAGAUUAUAGAUUUAACUCCAAAUGUACAGGCAGAUGGUUAGUCUUGUAUUUAGGACACUUGCUACCCACAUGGAGUGCCAUCUCUGGCUAUGGACUCCAGUUUCCUGGCUAAUACAGACCCCAGGAAGCAGCACUGAUGGCUCAAGUAGUUGGGUUCCUUCUUACCAUGUUCAAAAUAUGUGUGCCUAUAAUAAAUGAGUUAUGUAUUUAUAAAUUUUAUUUGUAUAUACAAAUGUUUAUAUUCAUUAUAUACUGCUUUUAUAAUUAUAUUAAAUAAAAUAUUAGUAAUUUUUAUGCUCAAUAUAUAAACAUGUUAAUGACAAAAACAUAAAUUAAGAAUCUCAAAUGUUUGGAAAUGUAUUAAUAUAUGGGUAACCCAUAGGUAAUUAGCUUAUAAACAAAAGAAAAUAACUGUAAUGGAGAUUAGAAAAUAUUUUUAACAGAAUAAAAAUUUUCAAAUAUAUGUUAAAACAAGUGUCUAUCCCUAAAGCCAUGUUUAGGCCGGCGCCACGGCUCACUAGGCUAAUCCUCCACCUUGCGGUGCCAGCACACUGGGUUCUAGUCCCAGUCGGGGCACUGGAUUCUGUCCCGGUUGCCCCUCUUCCAGGCCAGCUCUCUGCUAUGGCCAGGGAGUGCAGUAGAGGAUGGCCCAAGUGCUUGGGCCCUGCACCCCAUGGGAGACCAGGAUAAGUACCUGGCUCCUGCCAUCGGAUCAGCGUGGUGCGCUGGCCAUGGCGCGCUGGCCGUGGCGGCCGUUGGAGGGUGAACCAACCAAAAAGGAAGACCUUUCUCUCUGUCUCUCUCUCUCACUGUCCACUCUGCCUGUCAAAAAAAAAAAAAAAAAAAAAGCCAUGUUUAAAGGGCAAUUUUAACUUAAAAGUCACAUAGCAGAAAUGGAGAAAAGCUGACAAUAUUUGAGCUAGGCAGUCAUUCAAGAAAUUAUUGGGGAGAAUAAAAACUCCAAAGAGUGUAGAAGAAUGGCAACAAAAAAGCACAGGCAUCAAUAAAAUUAGAAACAGCUGUUUAAUAGAGAGGUUCAAGAGUAUUUUAUAGGAAUAGAAAACUAAUAAAACUGAUAGAUCCAUCGAAAGACUUCUCUUCCUAUGUGCCAUUUAUUGAGCUAUUCUCUAUUCCAACCCACCCUCCAGGACCCUGCAUUAUGAAGCUGGGGCUGGAAUUCAUCUUCAUGGUCUGGCCCCCUGUUAGAUUCUGCCAAUGGAAGAAAAUAGAGCUGGAAAUAAGGAAAAUGGCUACCUAGAGAUUUGACCCUUCACUGAAUUCUUUUCAUCCUACCUCAAGGGGAUUGCAGGCACAGACAUGGCAGACAUGGCAAAGGAAGCCUCGGACAUCAUCCUCACCGACGACAACUUCACCAGCAUCGUCAAGGCCGUGAUGUGGGGGCGGAACGUCUACGACAGCAUCUCCAAGUUCCUGCAGUUCCAGCUCACCAUCAACGUGGUGGCCAUGAUCGUGGUCUUCACGGGCGCCUGCAUCACUCAGGACUCCCCGCUGAAAGCCGUGCAGAUGCUGUGGGUGAACCUGAUCAAGGAUACUUUCGCCUCGCUGGCCCUGGCCACCGAGUCCCCCACCGACGCGCUGCUAAUGGCGCCCCACGGCCGCAACAAGCCCCUGAUCUCGCGGACCAUGAUGAAGAACAUCCUGGGCCACGCCGUCUAUCAGCUCGCCGUCAUCUUUUUCCUGGUGUUUGCUGGUGAGAAGUUCUUCCACAUCCACAGUGGGAGGAAGGCCCCGCUCCACUCGCUGCCCAGCCAGCACUACACCAUCGUCUUCAGAACCUUCCUGCUGAUGCAGCUCUUCAACGAGAUCAACUCCCGCAAGAUCCACGGGGAGAGGAACGUGUUCGCCGGCAUCUACCACAACCUCAUCUUCUGCUCGGUGGUCCUGGGCACGUUCAUCAGCCAGGUUCUCCUUGUGGAAUUUGGGGGCAAGCCCUUCAGCUGCACAAAGCUCAGCCUGUCGCAGUGGCUGUGGUGUCUCUUCUUUGGGAUCGGAGAACUCCUGUGGGGCCAGAUCAUCUCUGCGAUACCCACGCAAUCCCUGAAGUUCCUGAAGGAGGCCGGGCACAGCACCACCAAGGAGGAGAUCAGCAAGGAUGCCGAGGGGCUGGAUGCGAUCGACCACGCCGAGAUGGAGCUGCGCCCAGGCCAGAUCCUCUGGUUCCGGGGCCUGAACCGGAUCCAGACCCAGGUACUCCGCUCGUGGUCUCUGCUCGCCCCGGGGGAGGACACCACCCCAUGCUGGGAGAGGGUGGCAGGCGGCCGGCCUCUCUCCCCGGGCCAGGGCAGCCCCAGCUCCCGAGCUCCAGGACAGAGAUGGGGGUUUCUGCGUGGGCAGCCGUGGGAGGCAGGGAGUCCGGGGGCCUGGGCCCUGGGACCUUGUCUGCCAAGCCUGCGAGCUGCGGGCUGGGGCUCGAGCGCUCUCUGCCGCCCUCUGUUGGAUGGGCAAGCUUCCUGCAAGCACUGGACCAGACCCCAGGGUGGAAACUGGGCAGUGUCCCUGCCCCUGCGGAGGAGGAAGUUAGAUCCUGGGCCAGCAUCCCCCGCAGGCCACGUGGUGCCCCCCGCGCUGCCUGCCGUUACGGGAAUCGCCGUUCUCCGGAGGGAUCUCAGGAAAACCAACUCAAGCCCUGACCUCCCACUCAGACCUCACACCCUGUGACUGCAGCGUCC